AGCGCGUGAUAGAGGCAAAGGUUAUCCGUGCCUAUGUAUAGCGCGUAUAUUAACGCGCCUACCGUUUUUUCCUUCGGUUAUUGUCUGAGCUCGAAGCGUAACCUCUGUCGCUCUUCAAUGGCCGCGUCCUCUAUUCGAAUAGCCGUCGUCGGUGAUGUGCAUGAUUGCUGGAACUUAGAAGAAGAUACGCAGGCACUUGAGUUCUUGAAGCCAGAUCUGGUGCUGUUUACAGGUGAUUUUGGUGAUGAAAAUGUUGAAGUCGUUCAGAAUGUUGCAAAUCUUGAAUUUGCUAAAGCAGUAAUAUUGGGAAACCAUGAUUCCUGGUUUACUGAACAGUUUUCUGGAAGUGAGAAGGAUAAAGUUCAGCUUCAGCUAGAAUGCCUUGGCAAGGAGCAUGUGGCUUAUCAACGUCUAGACUUCCCUCUGAUAAAAGUAAGUGUUGUUGGUGGACGGCCAUUUUCUUGUGGGGGUAAACCAUUAUUCCGGGAAAGGCUUCUUACUGCAAGAUAUGGAGUCAAAGAUAUGGAUGAGAGUGCUAAGAGAAUCCAGAAAGCUGCUCUUGGCACACCAGAAGAUCAUUUUCUUAUAUUACUUGCACAUAAUGGACCGACAGGCCUUGGUUCUGAUUUGAAUGAUAUAUGUGGAAAAGAUUGGGAAUUUGAGGGUGAUGGUGAUCAUGGUGACCCAGAUCUAGCACACGCAAUAUCCUUGCUAAAAGAGAACAAUCAAGUAUCUAUUCCAUUGGUUGUGUUCGGUCACAUGCACAAAGAGCUGGCAUAUGGCAAUGGCUUUAGGAAAAUGAUUGUGGUUGGCGCUGACAACACCAUAUACUUGAAUGGGGCCAUUGUUCCAAGGGUCAAAAGGUUGGGGGAUGAAGACAAGAGAAGCUUAAACGAUGAAAGUGCUCUUUCUUCACCAGAGGCAAAAGGUACAACAAGAGCCUUUACUUUAGUUGAGAUUUCAGAAGGAAGAGUUGCUAAGAUUGCAGAAAUUUGGGUCUCAGUUGUCGAAGAUAGGACCACUUUAGAAAAAGAGCACAUAUUAUUUGAAGGCAGUUAGGAUCCUCAUCCUCCACGUUUAGGUUCCUGCUUCAGUCACAUGGUAUUUAAUGCAUAGAUGAAUACAGCCCGAGGUGAAUUAUGCUUGGAUACUAAUUCCUUAUCCAGAUGAAUACAUCUUAUUUUAGUUUAAUACUA